CCUGAUCCUCCUUCUCCUGCCUGCGAGCCUUGGCUUAAGGCAAUUCAGAGCAGUCUCCCUGAUCCCUGAGCCAAGGGGCUUUCAAGACUGUGAGGCUGCUGGUGAUUUUCGGCUGAUCCCUCGCGGCCUGUGUUUGCCCUCACCUUACAAGCCAAUUGGGAUUUCCCCUGAACCUCCAAGCCAACAGUGACAGCGAUCACCUCUCCAAGCAAGCAAGACUGUGGGGCUUUUGCUGAGCCAGUUCAAAGACUGGUGAUCAAGCACUGUUUUUCUUUUAAAUCCAUUAUCCAUCACGUAUUCUGGACAAGUUUUGCUUUUUUCCCAACAUUUCUUGACUUUUUCAAGCUGAUCUUUCUCUCUUGCGCUAACCACAAGAUCAACCAGAAGGGCAAAAGUUAACUUUUCGAAAGGGAAUUGCUGAAAAAGAAUUACAAAAGAUUGUUCUGUCCGGCACAAAUACUAGGAUCAGCAAUGCCUUUGGUGCGAUCCCUUUCGGUCACCUCUCUCAAUGGGCUACCUCAAUGGGAAGAUGAAGAUCUCCCAGUGGAGGAUCUAUUGCUAUUUGAAGUGGCGUGGGAAGUCACCAAUAAAGUUGGUGGCAUCUACACAGUGAUCCAGACCAAAGCCAAAAUCACCUUGGAUGAGUGGGGUGAGAAUUAUUUCCUUAUUGGCCCAUAUUUUGAACACAACAUGAAAACGCAGGUGGAAGUCUGUGAACCUCCCAGUCCAGCCGUGAAAAAGGCAAUGGAUAUCAUGCAGGACAAUGGGUGUCAGGUGUAUUUUGGCAGGUGGCUCAUAGAAGGGAGCCCAUAUGUGGUGUUGUUCGAUAUAGGAUCAGCAGCUUGGAAUCUCGACAAAUGGAAAGGGGAAUUCUGGGAUGCAAGCCACAUCGGAAUACCUUACCACGACCGAGAAGCAAAUGACUCACUCAUCUUUGGAUCAUUAACUGCCUGGUUCUUGAAAGAGCUUACCGAUCAAUUAGAAGACAAACCCAACGUUAUUGCCCACUUCCACGAAUGGCAAGCAGGACCUGGCCUGAUCCUCUCCCGGUUUAGGAAGAUCCCUGUUGCAACCAUUUUCACAACUCAUGCAACGCUGCUGGGGAGGUACCUGUGUGCAGCAAGUAUAGACUUCUACAAUCACUUGGACCAGUUUGAUAUAGACAAAGAAGCAGGUGAAAGGCAGAUAUACCACCGAUACUGCAUGGAGCGUGCAUCAGUGCAUUGCGCCCAUGUGUUCACCACAGUCUCCCAGAUAACUACCAUAGAAGCAGAACACAUGCUGAAGAGAACAGCUGAUGUCAUCACUCCGAAUGGCUUGAACAUUAAGAAAUUCUCAGCUAUGCAUGAGUUUCAGAACCUGCACGCAACCUGCAAAGCCAAAAUCCAAGAGUUUGUCCGAGGACAUUUUUAUGGUCAUCUUGAUUUCAACCUUGAAAGGACCUUGUUUUUCUUCAUUGCUGGGAGAUAUGAGUUUUCGAACAAAGGAGCCGACAUGUUUCUAGAAGCGUUAUCAAGAUUAAACUUCCUAUUGAGGGUGCACAGGAGUGAUGUCACAGUAGUAGUGUUCUUCAUAAUGCCAGCAAAUACUAAUAAUUUCAAUGUGGAAACCUUGAAAGGCCAGGCAAUCCGAAAGCAACUGUGGGACACAGCACAUUCUGUGAAAGAAAAGUUUGGCAAAAAACUCUAUGAGGCACUAUUAAGAGGAGAAAUCCCCGAUAUGAACAAGAUCAUAGACCGAGAUGACCUAACCAUCAUUAAAAGAGCCAUCUAUUCCACGCAGAGACAGGGCCUCCCGCCAGUGACAACGCACAACAUGAUUGACGAUAACACUGACCCAAUCUUAAGUACCAUUAGACGUAUUGGCCUUUUCAACAAUCGCACAGACCGAGUUAAGGUAAUACUGCAUCCUGAAUUCCUUUCCUCAACAAGCCCUUUGUUACCAAUGGAUUAUGACGAAUUCGUCAGGGGCUGUCAUCUUGGUGUGUUCCCAUCCUAUUACGAACCCUGGGGCUACACACCUGCUGAAUGCACAGUUAUGGGGAUUCCAAGUGUGACCACAAACCUCUCUGGAUUUGGCUGCUUCAUGCAAGAGCAUGUGGCUGACCCAGCUGCUUAUGGUAUUUACAUUGUGGAUAGGAGGUUCCGCUCUCCGGAUGAGUCUUGCAAUCAGCUGACGCAAUUCCUCUAUGGAUUCUGCCAGCAAUCACGUCGGCAAAGAAUUGUCCAGAGGAACCGAACAGAAAGACUCUCCGACUUGUUGGACUGGAGAUAUCUAGGGAGGUAUUAUAUGCAUGCCAGGCACUUGGCUCUUAGUCGAGCAUUUCCUGAGAAAUUUGAGAUGGAACCCAAUGCUCCGCCAAAGACUGAAGGAUUUCGGUACCCAAGGCCUUCCUCCGUCCCCCCUUCGCCCUCGGUCUCCCAGCACAACAGCCCCCACCAAAGCGACGAGGAAGCGGAAGAUGAGGACGAGAGAUAUGACGAGGAGGAAGAGGCUGAAAGGGAUAGGCAGAACAUAAAGUCCCCUUUCUCCUUCAACGCCAUGCCAACAGGGAAGAAGAAGCAACACGGGGAAUACAGGAACUGAUGGAAGAUCCUUUGGCUUCUCCUUGGGAACCACACACCCAACUUGUAUGCUUGUCACCUUGAAAAGGCCUGACGAUUGCAACGUGACUGAAGAAGAAUGAAAGUGCAUCCUAAAAUAAGCACAAUGUCCGAAAUAUCUUGAAUUUCCCUUGCAAAUAGUUUUGAUGCAAUUUCUUCCUCCCUUUUCCAUUUUGGAGGUAGAAGAAGACAUUUAGAAGACUAUAUUAAAACUUUAGGGCUGCAUGCUGGCUAGUGGCUACAAUAUAUGUGUCUCUAACGCCUGCCAUUGGAGGAAGGGGCAAAAUCUAAUUAGAUGUACUUUUACUGUGUUAACUAUGCAGGUAAAUCCAGUGCAUAUUCUGUAGGCAUGGAUUGCAGAUAAUCCUUGUUGGCUUUAGAAAGGAAGAAAAUCCCUCAUCUUUCAUUUCAACUUCUCAGUCUUUAUCUGUAGCUUAUAAAGUGCUAGGUAAAGGUUUCUCCAGACUUAAGUCUAGUCGUGUUCGAUUCUGGGGUGGUGGUGCUCAUCUACAUUUCUAAGCCAAAGAGCCAGUGUUGUCCAUAGACACCUUCAAGGUCAUGUGGCUAGCAUGACUGCAUGGAGUGCCGUUACCUUCCUCCCAGAGCGGUACCAAUUGAUUUACUCAUAUUUCGCAUAUUUUCAAACUGCUAGGUUGGCAGAAGCUGGGGCUAACACCAGGAGCUCAUUCAGCUUUAGGCCUGAAUCCAUUGAAGCAAACUGGCAUGGAGAAAAUAUUCCAAAUUAGGAGAUCCUUAGGAAAUAAGGCAGGAUCAACGCCUGUAUCCUCCAUUCUGCUUCCAACCUAUUGCCUCUUCCCCACUCACCCACUUUAUAAACGAAAAAGAAAAUAAAGUUUCGAUGUUCCUGG